GCUCUAUCUCCCGCCCUCCCACCUCCCCAAACUGGGGCUUAAAUUUAAUUCUGUGGUGGAGGGGCGCCCCCUCCCCCCACAGAUCCCCCCCAGCUCAGUUUGUUGUGUGGGCAAAAGCCACGACACUCUAUUAUUAUUGUUGUUGUUGUUGUUGUUGUUUAUUAAUUUUCAGUUUUAUCCAUUUCAAUAACUUCACAAUCCUGUUGACAUUUCUAAACUCGACUUCCUUCCCUCUCUCUCUUAGGCUCCUGAAUUUUUUUCCCCUUACUGUAUUUUUCUGUGUAUAGCAUGGGGGGGGGACUCAUUUGGGGGGGGACUCAUAAUUAAGAAAAUGGGGGGAGAUUGCCCCCCCGUGUAUAAGACUACCCACCGCUUUUUAACAUUAUUUUUCAGUAAAAAUAAUAAUAAUUAGAUUUAUACAGGGAAACGUAUGGUCAUUUGUGCAUUUAUUCAUCUGCUUUAAAUAUAUACUCUUAUAAAAACUGCAGGUUAUUACGAUAGUCCUGCCCAUGUUCUUAUCUGUUUUACAGUUCCGUUUGUAAAUAUACCAUAUAAACCAUUUCUGUUCUUUGAUCCUGUUAACUUAAUUUGUGCAUUUGUUUAUCUACUUUGUUAUCUUGAUUUCUUAAUCUUCCGGUAGGUUUCGCCAUUUCUGCAUAUUCCAUAAGCUUUUGUAUCCAUUCUUUUUUCCAUUUUAGGACAAAGCAACAUUCUUGCUGCUGUGGCCACAUACAUGAAUACAGUUUCUAUACAGUUUGGGUGGUUCUGUCCCUGUAGUUCCCAAAAGGAAGGCUUCUGUUUUUUGUUUUUUAAAAUUUUAUUUUAAAAAUGUUUUUCAAUUCAUUAUAUAUAAUUUCCCAAUGAGCUUUAACCGUACUACAAGACUAAGCCGCAACUCUAGAGAAUAAAAUGCCCCUCGACUGUGCGCUCCCCUAAAAAGAAAGGAGAGAGGCAGCAAUGUUUUUAACGCCCUAGUCCCACCUCCUGGUACCCCGCCUUUCCCCCUGAUGCUCAAGGCGGCUUACAGAUAAGAACCGCUUAAAACCUCAGGGGGGAAUGGGAAACAGCCAUUAAAAAACAACAACCACACAUACACACACAAUUAAACAACAGAGUUAAAAGUACCAUAUGUAAAACCUGUUUGCAAGCAUAUGAAAUAAUUGCAAUUUAAAAAGGCCCUUUUGUUGAAAGCAGCCAGUUCCCAAAAGCCUGUUGUGACCUUCAGUGAUGCAACCCUGUGGACAGUUUGAUGAAAGUAAGCCCCAUUAAAUGUGGAGGUUACUUUCCUCCCUCUUAUAUUCUCUUAGUAAAUGUGCAUUUUGCUAUUAAUGGUUAGUGUUUAAAUCUGAUUAGUCUUUAAGGUGCCUCAAGACUUUUAAUAAUACUUUUUAAAUAAUUUAUUAUUUCUACCCACCACCCAUCUUUUAAAGUGGUUGGCAAGGAGCUUGCUUGUUGUUUCCCAUCUUAAGGCUGUUGCUGCUCUCCUCCCCCAAUCGCACCCUUUUUUGUUUUUGUUUCACAGGGUAUGUUCAACCUGUUGGAAGAGUUAUAAUAAUUUGGUUUUUGAGGGGUGGGGGAAAGAAAAGCCGCUUGUUGCACCACUGCUAGGGGUUGGGUUGUUUCUAAAUAGACCCCAAUAUUGCAGUUUGGAUGCACACACAUAACUGCAAAUAUCGAUAACUGUCAGAAAUAGGAUGUGACAGUAAAAGGUUGUCCUGCCACAGAUGGAUUGUUUGGCUUGCUUCAGAAUCCAUAUUUUUUCUAGAGACUCGAACUCAGAUUUUAAAAAUAAAUCAAUGUAGUUGGUAUCCUAAAUGUGUACAUUACUGUAAUGCAAUAUCCCCAAAUAUUUAUAUUUUCCAAUAGUAAGUAGUAAAGUAAUUGGAUCUCAGAGACUUGCAAACUACAUCCAAAAUUGUUUCUGAUUGAUUAUUGAUUUUUUGGGCCAUCUUGCUGUCAAAUUUAUUGCAGCAGUCCUGAGGACUAGAAACUUUUUAAAAGAAUAGAAAUUCUUACGGUUCCAGUGUAUGCCUUCUUGCUAACCCAUCAAAGCAUUACCUUGAGAUUCCACUAACAUGGAAGCUGAUUAAUUAUCUCAGAAAGUUCUGUUUUACUAAAGAUUAAAAGUAUUUUAGCCUUGGGAAUGCCAAAGAGGGUUUGCAAUACUAUUGUACACAAAUCUUAAAAAAAAAAAAUCCCUCAGAGUGCAAUGGGUCUUAGUGCCUGGUGAUUGAGUGUAGGAUUGCAAUUUUAACCACUAAUUCAAAUGAAAAUAGGUACUGGUCUCUGAAAUGUGAAAUCUACCUAGAAAGGAAGAAAUGCCAGGAGAAAUUAGACUGUACUAUGGCAGAAUACCAGGGUUCAGAUUCUAAAUAUUUCUUUUCUAGUCUGUUCUGUAAUGGAAGAAAAUGGAGUUGAUCAAGAAGCCAGUAUGGAGAGAGCUAGUGACUUAUUGGUCAACUCUAAUAAUACUGAAGAGGUGGAAACUGAGGACCAAGUAUUCCAGAUGAUAGUUGCCAGCCAGUCUGAAAAUGGGCAAGUGCUGCACGUUAUUCCUUCUUCUCAGCCAGGAAUGGCACAAGUGAUUAUUCCCCAAGGUCAACUUUUGGAUGUCACCAGUUGUCAGGAUGCUUCAGAAGAGAGAAAUGGUGGGAGUUUGCGAACUGUUGCAGUGGCUGCUGUUGCAGACGGUACAAGCAGAUACAUCCUUCAUCCUCAAGCAUCUCUUACGGUGUCCAAAACAACAGCCACCAGGUUAUUGGAAGACACUUUUCCAGUUUCCCCACAACCAUUGUCCUCAAACACACCUACCUGGGCUCGCCGUCUCAGGAACUGUGAGAAAAUUGGGGAUUCAUACCGUGGCUAUUGUUCGAGUGAAACAGAAUUAGAGAAUAUUCUAACAGUGCACAAGCAGCAGACGCACAGCGUGUGGGGAACACGCCAGUCUCCAAGCCCAGCUAAACCUGCCACAAGGCUGAUGUGGAAAUCACAAUAUGUUCCAUUUGACGGGAUCCCUUUUGUCAAUGCUGGAAGCAGAGCCAUAGUGAUGGAGUGCCAAUAUGGGCCCCGAAGGAAGGGUUUUCAGCCCAGGAAAACCGGUGAACAGGAGGACAUUUCCUGCCAAGUGUACAAAGCCACCUGUCCUGCAAGGAUCUAUAUUAAGAAGGUCCAGAAGUUCCCUGAGUAUAGAGUUCCGACAGACCCCAAAAUUGAUAAGAAAAUUUUACGUGUGGAACAGGAGAAAGCUUUCAACGUGCUGAAGAAAAACCUGAUUGAUGCUGGCGGGGUUCUCAGGUGGUAUGUGCAGUUACCCACUCAGCAGGCUCAUCAGUAUCAUCAACUAGAGAUGUGCCUCCCACGAUCGCCAUUCUCCAUACCGUCUCCUGAGGGUGAGGAUGAUGCAGGCAAAGACGAAAGCUGCACGCUGCCCUCGCGACUUCACCCGCAAGUUGCAGAUAAGAUCCGAGAGCUAGUGUCUCAAGGAAUAGAACAAGUCUACGCAGUGAGGAAACAGUUACGAAAAUUUGUGGAGCGAGAAUUGUUCAGACCUGAUGAAGUGCCGGAGAAGCACAACUUGUCUUUCUUUCCUACUGUAAAUGAUCUCAAGAACCACAUUCAUGAAGUGCAGAAGUCACUAAGAAACGGAAAGAUAUUAUACAACUCAGAAACUAUUCCAGCAAUGGUAAAAGAGCGGACUCUUCUUUUUUCCUCUUUCUCUUUUAGCCGAGUUUUGUGGUCGUUUUGGCAGUCUUCAUUGCCUGCUCUUGACUCUCUCAGGAUAACCGUUUCAAAGGCAUUAGCACAAUUCCCCCCCCCCCUUGAGUAAAAUACAAUUAAAUUGCCUACUAAGGUGAUUGAUACAGUAUUGUCAAAAUGAGAAACAGAGUAUAAACCAUGAUAAAACAAAAAAAGAUUGUUUUUAGUAGAGCAAAUUUAUUUACUCAAAUGGUCACUUACGGUAAUAGAUGUCUGAUAGAACAAGUAACAAGCUUUAAUUAUUUGGGGUUGUCACUCAGCAAGUUCAUGGCAAACUCCUAGCUAGAACAACUCAAAUAUCAGAGAGGACUACGAAGGUCUUACUAAUAUUCCACAUGGCAGAAGGCUUGGCUUUUAUUUCUUUAAAUGAUUACUUGAUCAGGGUUUGUUUGACACCGAGAUCACUGUUUCUUAAAACCACAGAAGGGUUAAGAAAGAGGAAUCUAAAAGAUAGAGAAUAAGAACAAAUAAGUAAAUCUGCAUUUCAGUUUUUGUGUUUUCGUGGUGAUUUGGAUGUGUGUCAACACGUGAUAAGUGUUGGCUUCUUUAAAUGGCUCUUCUUCCUCUUGCAGCUUCAAUGGACAACAGACAGUGGUAAUAUUCUUACUGAAACAGUGACUGUUACACUUGCAUCUUCACCUACUGAGGGUAGGAGCAAGCUGAAAACAUUUAUUUAUUGCUGAGUUAAUCAUAACCUUAU